AUGACCGUGCCGGACUUCACCGUGACAGUUAACACCAUCGAUCAGCCAUCCAAGGAUUUCGAUCCAAUUCCCGCAACGAGACUCAGCUCCGAAAGACACCACGGCGUCAAUUUUGAGCAUGAUGAGAUCUCUCUGCGCGAUUCGCACUUGCGCUUCGAAAUUGCGUUACAAGACAUCCUCCACUCAUUGACCAGCGCGACGAUUGAUUAUCUUCGAUUAGGCAUUCGAUAUUUCGAGAUUGGCAUCRAAGCGCGGUCGUGUUCUUCUCCGAGCAACUCAGCAGCCCAUCACCAAUUCGGGAUUGAGGGAAGAAGAUGGGACGUAGACCCCUUCUUUGUGCCCUGGUUACAGGCCUUACACAUUGCGAUGGAUCUCGAGGCAAAUCUUGUGUCAAAAUCGCUCUCCAGGACAACCAGUGGCUGGACUUGCAGGGAGAUCAAGCAAGCUCGGGCGCUCGUCGACAGWGUUGAGGACACUGUGAGAAGUAUUGAGGAAGGAGUUGAACAGAUCGAGGACAUAGAGCGGAUGCGGCACUCUGAACACUUGCUCAAGCAACACGCGCAGGAUAGAGCAGAUGACAGGGAGGAGAGAGGUCUUGGGGAAGCCGAGAAAGAAUCGAGAAGGCUACGUAGAGGGAAGAAGGAGAGGGAGGCUUCGCAUGAUGCAGAACGGAGGGUCUUGCCACAGAUGGCUUUCGAGCAGGCCAAAUUUGACAAGUGGCAGAAGCGAGUCGAAGGGGUUGAAAGGAUGCUGGGGUAG